AACAAAUUGUAAAUUGAAAACAAUAGUAUAAAAUCUUUUUCAAAGAAGGGAAUCUGUCAAAUCAGUGAACAAUCUUAUAGGCAAUAGGUGGUGGGGGGUGGGGGUUGGUAGCCCUGCAAAUUGCAAUAUUGUAGUCCCUUUAUAUAGAAAGAGUCACCCAACGUUAUAGGAAGAUCCUUCCAUCUCUCAAGAUCUAUUGAGAGGAGGAAAAAAAAGUGGCUAAAAUCAACUCAAAAUUUGUGUCCUCAAUUACCCUAUCUCAAUUUCGUUGUACUGUGUGUGUGUGUAAAAUUUGUGUCCUUAACUGUAAGAUCUAUUGGCCACAUCAUAAUAUUGUCUUUUCUUGAAUUUCCCUUAUGUGGCUAUAACUCAAUUUCAAGAUUUAUCAGAUUUCAGAUAUAAGUUUGGUAUUCAUUUGGGUGACAUCAAGUUUUUUAACUCAUCAGAUUUAUAGAUUGCACCUUCUAGUUCUUGAUGUAACUUUGGAAUUCAUUUGGUUGACAUCAAUACUUUUAAAUCAUCAGAUUUAUCAGAUUUCUGAUUGCAACACCUAGUUGACUUGGUGGUCAUUCAUCCUGUAUAAAGAGGAACGAGCCAGGAUUUGCCAAUGGGUGAUAUAGCCAAAGAUUUAACAGCUGGGACUGUAGGUGGAGCAGCACAAUUGAUCGUUGGUCACCCUUUUGAUACCAUAAAGGUCAAGCUUCAAAGCCAGCCUACUCCACUUCCAGGGCAGCUUCCAAAAUAUUCUGGUGCUAUAGAUGCUGUCCGGCAAACAGUAGCUGCGGAAGGUGCCAGGGGGCUCUUCAAAGGCAUGGGAGCGCCGCUUGCCACUGUGGCAGCCUUUAAUGCUGUGCUAUUCACAGUGAGAGGUCAAACAGAGGCGUUCUUGAGGUCUGAACCUGGAGUCCCUCUUAGUGUGAACCAACAAAUUGUUUGCGGGGCUGUUGCUGGAACUGCUGUGUCUUUUCUUGCUUGCCCGACUGAGCUUAUAAAAUGCAGAUUGCAAGCGCAGGGUGCAUUGGCUAGUAUAGGCUCAGCUGCUGUGGCAGUGAAAUAUGCAGGGCCAAUGGAUGUAGCAAGACACGUUCUUCGAUCUGAAGGAGGCGUGACAGGUCUCUUCAAGGGCUUGUUUCCCACCCUGGCACGUGAAGUACCCGGAAAUGCUGCUAUGUUUGGCAUGUAUGAAGCGAUAAAGCAGUACAUUGCAGGAGGCACAGACACUUCAGAGUUGGGAAGAGGCUCUCUUAUUGUAGCCGGUGGCUUGGCUGGCGGUUCCUUCUGGAUGUCCGUGUAUCCAACAGAUGUCAUCAAGAGUGUAAUCCAGAUCGAUGACUAUAAAAACCCAAAGUUCUCUGGCUUUUUCGAUGCUUUCAAGAAGAUCUUGGCAUCGGAGGGUGUUAAAGGCCUUUACAAGGGCUUUGGACCUGCUAUGGCCCGUAGUGUCCCUGCAAAUGCUGCAUGUUUCUUGGCGUAUGAGAUGACUCGUUCUAGUUUGGGAUAAUUCGCGGCUCGAUGAGGAAGGAUUUAGACAUUGUUAUUGAUUAUUCUUUGAACCUAACAUCUGCUGAAAUUCUGUAAUUCCAUUUCAACUUGCUGCUGGGCAAUUGUACUCUAAAGAUCUAAGCAAUUUGUUCAAAGGUAAAGAACCAGUAACUCUUUUCCAGUCCAGCAGCCUAGUUGUUCAAAUCUAUGAUCAUGUUCUAAAACUUGUUUGGGCUGA